CUCGCUUUGGUUUCCAUUGGUUACUAAUAUUGUCGAUGACGUCAGAGAUCAACGCAAACUUGUUGACAGCGCGAGCAACUGCAGGAGUUACUAGUCUGUUUUCGCGAUUACUUUUACAUUUGCGGUUUGCAAAGAAGUACCAUAAAUACUUUUUUUAAGUUUAGUAUUAAAGUAAGUAGGCUAGUUUGGUGUAGUUUCACAUCAUGGGACAAGUGAACUGUGGAUGCUUGGGCCACGAGACGCCAGAUCCGGAAUACAACCAAACACAGGAGCAGUGUUGGGAGCAAGAACAGAGAGGAGCACAGCGUCAAGAUGACUCCACACCGAAGUCAGGGAAGGGAUCCCGAGAUGCUUGUCCAUUGAGCAUCGAUACGUUGACACUUUCACCAUCUCCUCCACCGAUACAAGUCGCUCCAUGCCCACCAGCUUCAACAGCUGAGAGGGUAAAAUCCCGUCAUCCGUCAAGGCUGGAACCGUUGGUUCUACGUUUUGAUCCUCAACCCUCAACUGCAACACCUGAGAGAUCAGAGGUGAGACGUUCAAGGAGGAAACGGAUGAAAAGGGCUAAAAACAUGUAUCAUGAAGUGCCUAAACCGCUGGUGAUACGUGUUGAUCGUCAACCCGCGACUGCAUCACCUGAGAGAUCAGAGCAGAGAGUUUCAGCAAAUAAACUGAAGAAGGGUGACAAGAAAACGGAUCAUGAAGUGCCUGAACCGCUGGUGAGACAUUUUGCACCUAAACCAUCAACUUCAUCACCUGAGAGAUCAAAGAUGAGACGUUCAAGGAGGAAACUGACGAAGGAAGCUCAAAACAUGGAUCCUGAAGGGUUUCAUAGAUCUGCCUCACCCGACCGGAAUCCUGAACAGACGGAGGUGACAAAAUAUGAAGCUCCAACAGUGCCUGAACCGCUGGUCACGUCACAGUUUGAUCUCUUUAAACACCUGGUCCUCGUGGACAUUGAAGAUGAAGAUGAGGUGCAUAUCAUCUCUCCAUUUGGGCUGAAGGACACCAGACACAGGAGACCUAAGCCCAUCAGGAAAAAACAACCCAUGUUUAGUUGGAUGGAGGAGAACACAGAGAUGCUGGAGAGUGAAAGAUCAGGGAAGAAACCGAACAGUGGCAAAAAAACGGACCAUGAAGGAUCAUCCCCGUACAUCCCAUAUGAAUAUACCGAGGCGAUAUCACUGUCAGCACCUUCAUCACAGUCUGAUCUCAUCCUCAUGGACAUGAAUGAUAACAGCGAGUCUGAUGAGCCUGAGGUGGAGUUCAUCUCUCCAUUUGAGCUGAAGGACCAUAGACACAGAAGACCGAAGCCCGUGACAAAAGAUCAACCGAUGUUUUGUUGGAUGGAGAACACCGAAAUGCAGGAGAGUGAAAGUGAAAUGGAUGAAGUCCACCCAGAAGCUCCAGAGCAGCAGGAGACACCUGUGAAAAAAUCCCAUCCAGAGAGCAACACUGACAAACAACAAACCCUUCAGAAGGAGACAGACGCUCAUGAAAACAUCAUCAUGACAGGUCCUUAUGGUCCCGCUGGAGAAACCCAAGAUCACCUGAAUGGUCCAGAGAAGACAAAAGCUGCCAGCAAAACUAAAGGAUUAUUUGUUCUUCAUCACUGGGUUGAGAAAAAGACCAAAGAACGACGGGAGAAGAAAAUGAGAAAAGAAAGGGAAAUAACAGAAACACAGUUACUGCGGGAGAGAUACUUGAACAGUCCAGCAUUGAAGCAUUUGUGUGUUAAUAAGAACAACUCUAACUAUAUCCCCAUACUCCUUCUAUAACUUAUGUGCAAAAUAAUUAAGUUUAUGUGCAAAUAAUUAAGUUUAUGUGUGAUAAAAAAUAAGUAUGUGUAAAAAAUGA